UUCUCUCUAUAUAUAGAGUAAAAGAAGCCUCAUUUCUUUGCAACGUCUCUCUAAACAACUCGCCCUGCAUUGCAGGGAGGGCAUAUUAAUUAGGUGCACAAUCGUUCGAGCGUAGCCAUUUUUUCGUGGAACGUUCUCCUCCAAAGAAUGACGGAAGAGGAAGUCAGCUCCACAAUCACCAUCACCAUGAACAACAACAAUAACAAUAAAUCUUCGGUUGAUGACAACAUUGUCGAUCAACCACAACCAGUUGUCAAGGAGAAGAAAAAGCAUGGUGCUUUUAGCUUCCUCAGAGCUGCAUCACUCAAGCUCCGUCGUCGUCGUUCCCUUGAUCUAAAGCAACAGAAAUUUUCCCUUGAUCUAAAGCAACAAAAAUUUUCUCAGGAUGGGGAACCUGUUGCCGAUUCAAAGGGAGAAAAUUGGAAGAAGUUGGUAGGCUCAAUGAGGCCUUUACAUCUCCAAGACAACCAAUCACCUCCAAAUCCUCGCCCACCGGUGAAAUCUCCAUCUAUGCCUGCAGAAUUCUUUGAACAGUUUUCCUCGCCGUACUCUGUCUCACCCUCAUCGUCCUCUGCUGGCACGAUGAGUCAGUAUGCAUCAGCAAAUAAUCUACAAGAGCUCUACGGGGAGAGGGACGAUGAGGAGGAGGAGGAGGAUCCUGACCAGGCAUUCGAUGCAUAUGGAGCAGACGACAUGAUUGAUGCGAAGGCAGAGAACUUCAUUGCUCAAUUUUACGAACAAAUGAGGCUUCAACAGUGAUUCGCAAAAUCAAUCACAAGGAUCAAAUUCAUUUUCAUUUCCUUUUGUAGUAGUAUAAUUAAUUCAAGUACUCUACAUUCUUUUAGCAAAGGUAUCAUAUUUCAGGAUUAAUGUAGAAAUGUCAAUGCCUUUUGCUCUAAUGUCUCUUAGAUCUCCACGGAAUAAUCAGUUCCAAAGGAGCAGGUCUUUUUUCUAUGUUGCACUCUGUUUGGAAUCAAGAAACAAGUUAAAGAAAAAACAAAAUAUUUGAAUUCUUUCA